AUGGCCAAACCAAACCGCAUGAGCGAGAUCUUCGCGUCCUCAUCAGAAAAAGAUAACGACACAACCGCAAUCACAGCCACACCACCCUACUCAAGCGAAGGUCCUACGCUCCCCAUCAUCGGGGCCCAGGAAGCCGACUCCAAUCUCGCUAAAAAGCGAAAAGCUUCGAAAAACACUCAAAGUACCGCUCCAAAGAAACAAUCGCAAGAAGUCUAUCCACAUACAAUCCACCCAUCUCUCUACGAACCCUGGACUCGCCUCCCACCGGACCUACUCAAGCUCCUCGAAUCUCAGACACGACUACAAGGUACACGCAACAUCAUCCCCGUUGUUUUCUCCAAGAAUCAAAAUGUAAAAUCCGGUAUCAAUCGCCUCAAAACAUACCUAGGCGCAUACCGGAAUCCCGCAUCGACCAUCGACAUGCCCGACGCUUUGAAGCGAGAUGACGUUGUCAUAGCCGUUUCAGCGCAAGGCGAGGGCACUACGAAACUGGUUGGUAUCGUAGACAUGGUUCGCAGGAUCGUCGCACCGAGUAGCAAAGAGGAGGUUGGGGAUGGACUGGUAGAGACAUGGGCUAUGUACACGAUGCUUACAAGCAUCGACAUAGAGCGGAAAGCGAGGGUUCCAGAGGUGAAGAAGAAAGGGGAGGAAGAGGUAGAGAGUGAAGAGGAAGAAGAGGCGUUUGAAUCUAUGGAUGUGGAUGGGCGAGGGGGGCCGAAGGAGAAAGAUGAGGUGAAGAUGAGGAAGGUACCUGUUCUGACAGUUUGGAUGACGAGAAAGAGGAUUCCGGCGUUUAGGAAUGCGUUUGGGGAGCAGGUGUUUGAGGUGAUCAGGUUGGUGGAGGAUGAGGAUUGA